GUUGAAUCGAUCGAGAGAUCAUCAUUUUCAGGGCUAACACAGGUCACCUUGCCUCUUGUCCUAACCGAAAGGAAACUAAGAUGAUCUUGAGUCUCUUGUCAUUUUAGCGGGUAGAUUGGUUAGUUGCGUUGUGUGCACCUAUGUGCAAGUACUUCUUAGCUUAUUAUGUACUUUGUUUCGCCAUCUCUGUUUCUCCAUUACUAUCAGAAGAAAGCACCAAAUACAACCUUCUCAUCAAGGAACGUGCGGUUCUUGAUAAGUUGGAUGAUGCUGGAGUUAAUGUAUUUUCAAAGUCUGGUCAGAAGUUCUCUUGUUCAUGGGGUACAGACAGUGGCAUAAAACCUGAUAACGCCACUUCACAACUGUCCAGCAGCGUCGUACAUUCACUACUGUCCAUGUUUAGUGCGUUUGAUUGUCUAAGAGUGAAAAAAGGUUGGUGGACAUACGAGUUUUGUUUCCGAAAGUAUGUCGCCCAGUAUCAUGACGAGUCUAAGGAAACGUCUAAGACGUUUCUCGGACUUUUCGAGUCGGAAUUUGACUGGGACAAUUCUUCAGAGAAACCCAAAUACCAUAGCCAGUUUUAUUCAAAUGGAAGUAUUUGUGAUUUGACAAAUAUGCCUCGGAUAACAGAAGUGCAGUUUGUCUGUGCUGAUUCACGAACGUUUCAUAUUUUAUCUGUUGAAGAACCUGAAUCCUGUGUCUAUCUCUUAAAAAUAUCAACUCCGAGUUUAUGUGGAAACUCGCAUUUCGCCUCUCAGUUUUCGACCAAACCGCAUGAUAUUACCUGUCACCCAACUCUCAGCGGACCAGAUUACUAUCGCUAUGAUGCUUUAAAUAAAGGAAGGGAUCCAAUUCUGCAGUCAUCCUUAGCUAAUAUGUCACAAACUUUCAGUUUGCCUUCGAAGCGUCUAUAUACCAACAAAAAUAUGUAUAAUAAAAUUCGUAACAACCGACGCAAGCGCAAAUUGAAAUUUCUCAGGCGCUCUACAGGAAUGUUCCUUAGAUCUUUGAAAAGAUUACCAGUUCUCUACAAAAAGCAAAACCUUAAAUCUUCAUGGAGUUCCCAUCCUAUAUCUUUGUUAUCUACAAAUCCAGCCGGUUUAUAUAAGCUAUGGCUCCAUAUCGGUUCGCUUAGUAGUGACCUCUCAAAUUUUACAUCUGUUCUGUUAAGAAGGAAUGAAAUAUCUCACCGUCAUGUCCCUUUGGAUAUUGUGAAAGUAGCCAUUAUUGUAACUAAGAGCGUUAUUAUGGAAGUAGAGGACUAUAGACAAUUGCUCAAUACGUUUCUUACUGCUCCUAUGCAAACAGUGGGAAUGAUGCAUCUAUUUAAUCUUAGUGAUGUCCACGAAUCUAUCAGUCGUAUUUGGCGUGAACUAUUUAGCUGUACAGAUCCUAAUGAGGCUCACACAAUGUUAUCCACUGUGAUCCAUGUUUAUAAAAAGCAUAACUUAGAUAUACCAACUGUUGAAGAUAUACCUUUAACCCGUCUACCUACCGAAUCGAGAAACAAUGCAAAAUCUGCAUACCUAAAGUAUAAGUUAGACUUCACAUUUUCAAGUAAUAAAGACAACAAUAUUGAGAUCUUACAGUACAAUGGGAAGGUGUUGGAUAAUCCUCUAAGUUAUGAAGAAUACUCGAAGUUGUUUGAUGUAAUUAAAAAAGUUGUAGAUUUAACCGAUCUCUUCCUGGAGACUUCGAAAUUAUAUGUCAAGAUACUUUUCUUUCUUCAUAAGAAAAUAGAGCUUAGUCAGAAUAUAGAAACCCGACUGAAACAAACGUUUUCCAAUAUACUUACUGAUUCAAAUGUCAAUGUUGUUGUGAUACAAGGUGGUAAUCGUAUUGUGAAAGAUAAAUAUAAUCAAGGUGCUGCAGAUCAAUGGGAUCGCGAUCUUUUGCCAUCUCUUAAACAACGGGAGAUCAUAGAGAUUAUGCAAAAAGUCGUAACUAACUUAGAUCCAGAAAUAUCGGACGAAGUGGAUAUAGUUGAAAAACCAGAAAAUCAAGGAGGUUUAUCUACGUAUUACAUUAUGCCUGGUGGACCUAGAAAGAAGGAAGAAAAACGCGUCAGGAAACUUGAACAAAAUUAUCACUUUACUUUCCACUGAAUAGAAGAAAUAUAGUAACAUUGAUUUAUGACAUACAAUUGUAUUUCAUCAGUAAUCUUUUAGUCACCUGCACUCUUUCAUUCUAUUUUUCUCAAUAUAUGUUUUUCUGCAUAAUCUGUAAUAAUAUACUUCGGAAUAUGUUAAUAUUUACAUCUAUCGAGUCAGUUUUUUAAACUAUGUGCUACUGUUGCUGCUAACACAAUAUUUUUGUCAGUUAAUCUGAGUGUGGUUUUAUAUUCACUUAUUUUCUUUAAAAAAUUGUUUUAUUUUCUUUUUCAUACAAAUUCGUUCUUCCUCCUCAAUGACCUUGUCAUAUUCGUCUCAGUUUCUUUCUCAAGCUCGUCAAUCAUCACAACUCUUAAUUGACCAUUUUCUUCAAGUGAUAUGUUCCUAUUGGUGUAUCUAUCAUCUAUGUGUGUAAAUAUGUACUAUCUCUGAAAUGUUGAGUUCAAUGUCCUUUUCUAAGAACUAUUUUUUUUGAAAACUUAAUCAGUAUACCGUUCAAAACAUUGUAUUUCUCAAUCGAGUAAUAAAGUAAAUUUCCAUAUCUA